AUGGCGUUUGUGCUGUCUCUGCCGCCGCAAAGCCCCUUGAAGCGUUCUUUCAGCGAGACGCCCUACCUUCGAUCUGGUUCUCCACUUUCCGACGCCUCCGGUGGGACGGUCCGGCAAUAUGCAUACUGCAAUAUCUCGGCUACUUCUUUCUCCUCUCUGCUUGUUAAUGGUGGGCCCAAAGCCGACGAGAACGCGAUGCCAAGUCCUACAGCCUACUCAUUGCGGAACCUUGCCAACGAGCUAUGGGCAGCUCCGACAUGUCGGAGGGUGUCGAGCCACAUACCGCGGAAGACAAGCUGGGGCACCGAUAUCCCUCCUCCGCCUCGGCCAAGGUCACAGGGAGCGUUCUCCUUGGAGAUUGAUGCCGGGCCUCUGCAGACUGUUGAUCUUAACGAGGACUCAAUCCCCUUGCCCGCCUUUGCCGACAACUGCGAACAUGAUGCACUAUCUAUCUACGAGGUUGCUGAGGAAAUCUUUCCGGAGGGAAGUAUCAGGACUAUCUCGAGUUUCGGCAGCAGCGGGGAAGUGAUUGAAUCCGAGGAUCGUGGGAACGAAUCAUCGGCUGGAGACUCGCACGCCUUACCGUUCAAGCGUUGGAUCAGCACUUUGCGAAGACGGAAUCUACAAAAGAGGAAAGGGCUUACGACGCGCGAUGAACGGUGGCCGAUAGACAGCCCGAGUCCAGAGCAGGCAGACCAUGAUGAUCACGAGCCGGCCACGAAGCAUCAAGCUGGCCACCAAAAGUCUUUGUCUGACGGAUCAUCUCUUGCAUUCAUCACGAAAGUCAAGUCGGCAACGAUCACAAUGGCAAGUAGCAGCAUUGCUCCACUUUCGCGCAAAGGCACACGUGUAGGGAGACUUCGGCGUGAGAACAGGAGCAGCGGCUUCUCAGACCCUCGCGGAUCCAUGGACAGCGUUAGAUCACGUCUUGAGCCGAUCAUCGACGAGGAUGUUUGGCAUCGCUCCAUUCAGCGCCGCAAAACGCUAGAGGAGAUUAUCGCGUCAGAAGAGGGAUACAUAGGAGAUAUGAAGGCUCUAAUCGAUGUAUCAUUUACUCUGCUCGGUUCCGCCUCCACACUGUCAUUACAGGCACAGAAGUCCAUCCACCAGAAUCUAGCUGAGAUCGUGCAGCUCAAUGAGGACAUCUUGGGUGAGCUGUACAAGGUGGUGCCGAACGCGGAGUAUACUCAAAACAGCACCAUACAUCUGCCAGUAGUCUCUAGGCCGAAGCAUCUGCGGUGGCAUAGCGUGGACAUCGCGCCUAGCCGAGCGCCUAUAGCAAAACUGACCCGCAAGCUACGACUUUCCCUCGAUCUGGACCGGCCGGCCGAGGAAUGCCCAGUAGGUGUUUCAGCUGGUUCGAAGACCGCAGCCGAUGUUGCUAGAGUCUUUAGCAAGUUUAUGAAGCGCUUCUUCGCGUACGAAGAAUAUGGCUCGCAGUACCAGACCAUGCUCCAAGAUGCAGAGAAUACGUCGAAGACGACUCCAGCGUGGCAGUCUUACGAGAGAGGUAUGGAAGCACUUGCAAACUCGCUCGCGUCUGUCAAUGGCCGCGACUGUAGUGGCAAGAAGAGUCUCACGUACAGAGACUUGCUCAUGAAGCCGAUCCAGCGCAUCACCAGAUACCAUCUCCUUUUCGAGCGACUCUGCAAGGACACUCCUGUCUGUGACGACCCAGUAUCUUAUGCUGAGCUUGAAAAGGUGUGGCUACGUCUGAAGGAGACUGCUACGAGAGUGAACAACGCCCAAGAUGACCUAAAAACUCGGAAGCUUGUUGAAACGACCUGGUUGCUGCAGGACCGCUUGGUGUUCGAAAACCAGGGUCUCUCGCGUGCAGUGAUAUCGCGGCUGCUUGGUCAUGUAACGCUUUGCGGCGUCUUACACGUGGCUUACCAAGCAACCGAUCGUGUUCGAGGCCAAUACAUGAUUUGUGUGCUCUACAGAUCUUGCCUGAUUCUUGCCACCGCUACCAAGAGCUUCACGAAUUACGAUGUUGUUGCGGCUAUAGCUCUAGCUAACGGUAGUGUAGAGGAAGCUGACAACGGAAGAGGUUUGCAGUGUCACACAGUUCCGUACACGUGGAAGUUCGUCUUCGAGCACGGAAAUCGCAUUUUCGAGUUAAUAAUGAGCGCUUGUUCAACGAAGGAGGAAGAGGAGUGGAGGAAACAUCUUCACACUGGUAUCACCGCCGAGAACGACGAUCUCGCUCAUGGCAGAUCAGAUGUUCGGGAUCUGUUUGCAUCCCUGACGCUAGACCUGAAGUCUCUAGGUCCUGCCUUUGGGCUCAAAGGGAACGCUGGGCGGCGCUUGUCGAUCCACCGAGCUGCAACACUGGGGCCAAAAACGAACCUCAAUCAGGUGAUCAUCAAGAACACGGAAGCUCAGAAGCUUGGUCAAGGGAACCAAUCUGCAACCUCCCUUCCUGUCGCUCGCUCACAGUCACUCCUUUCCGCCGGACACAUACCUACACUUGCGCCGCGGAGAGGCGAGCGGACCCGACUCGAGAACCAUCUGCAGGACGUGUGGACAAAAGACGUGUUGCCCUAUCCUGGCAUGGGUCCUAGACGCGCCGAGAACCCAAUCAGAGCGUCCGCAAACUCGGUCAUGCGCAAGUUGAGCAUGGCGAGCAUCACGAGCAAUUUCUCGAAGCGAUCUGCCAGUUACACGAGCUUAGCAAGUAGCCGACGUGAGGAGCCAUAUCGCCUCGGCCAGAAACUAUCCAACUCAGCACUGAGCAAGACCUCCUGUCCACCUACGACAAAGCCACUUGUGGACUUCCACAACACUCCGAGAGCCUUCUUGCCGGCAGACUUCGAGCUCGACAUAGCUCCGGUUAAGUCAAAGCCAAACCGCGCAACCUUGAGUGUCAUAACAAGCCAGCCGUCUUCUGCUCAAGGUUCAGAGAAUCCUACAGAGUCUGUUCAGCCACUGAAGAAGGUCGAGAACCGUGCGAUCUGGUUCGACAACCCGCAUGAACCGGAGUCUUGCAGUAGCUCGUCGACAAACUUGACACUCACCACUAACACUGCGAAACUACCGGAGCCGUACAUCACGUCCCUCGAUGGAGCGGCGACAGAUGUUGCUAAAUUUCUGGAACCGUUCGUGCCAGGGCCUACCGCGCCAAAACCUUCGAGGAAAGCCCAUACUUUCAUCGCACCAGUCAAACGAACGUUCAAACCUAGACGUCGGCUUCUCAGCUUUUUGGGCCUGAAUCGCACUCCUGUCGAGGAGAGACCUGUAUCAGCUUGA